ACGUAUUAUUUCAGAUUUUCCACUAUUUUCCAUCAUCAACAUUCCAACAUUCCACAUUAGCAUUUCACAUACUGUCCCAAUGUUUUUGGACUUGGGUUUAUAUAAUGGAAUUUUGUAUGAAUUAAAAUCAUUAUUUUGUUAAUAUUGAAAGCAGCAACACUACUCAGGAGAGGAAAAUGAUCAAAUCUGGUGUGUGUUAAGACUAAAAUAAUAAUUUAAAAGUCAGAGGGCCGCACCCUCUGGCAUUAGAAACUAUGGUUUUUCAUAUAACAGCAGAAAUAGGAAGUGAACAGACUUCCUUCAGCAUAGACUCCACCUUCUUUGCAACACCACCUUUUCUGUAGGAAUUACUGCUUUCUGCUAACUCUCGUUUCUUUUAAGGUAACAGUGCAGCUUUGAGAGGACCAGUAUUUCCACCGUCGUGUUUUCCCCCUCAGGAGAUCAAGCGCAGCAGUACAGUCAGUCAUGCAGUCCUGCAGUUCUGCUCUCUGUAUCCUGAUCUUACUGACCUCUUCAUUCAAUACUGCUUCUGAAUCAGCUGUUCCUCCAGUGAAGGUGAAGCUUAAUGAGACGGCUACUCUGCCCUGCUCUGAGAGAUGCUCUGGUUUGGUCAGAUGGACUGUGUCCAAUAAACCCACUGAUGCUCUGGCUGAGUGUGAUCAGACUUCAUGUAGAUCAGUGAAGGAGGGAUAUCAGAUGAUCCAUGAUCAGUACCUGAAGGGGAAUCACUCUCUCAUCAUCAUUAAAGCUGAUUUCACUAAGAGAGGCUGGUACACGUGUGACUGUGACAGUAAAGACGUCUGUGAUGUGUGUCUACAGAUUGAGCCCUUGAAUACUACAGUUCAGAUAAAGCCUGGUGAAUCUCUGGUGAUGAAGUUGGACGUAUCAGAUCCAGUGAAGGUGAUUUAUAACAGCACAGACACAGCUGGACCAUCCAGUGGUCACAUCUGUACAGUGGAUGGAGUCUCACUACAGUGUAAUGAUGAGUAUAAAUGGAGAAUGGCACUGUUCUCUGCUCUUGAGCUGAGAGAGGUGAAGCCAUCUGACAGUGGAGAUUAUAUAAUUAUGGAUGACAGGAAUGAAGAGGUCAUUCACACCUACACAGUGACCGUCCAUGAUGACCAGCCAUGUCCAUUCAGAAAUCAGGGAGCUGUUGUACCAGCGUGGGUGUUUGCUCUGACGAUGGUUGCACUAGUAGUUGUGUGUUUGGUACCAGUGGUGAGGAUUUUGCGAAAGAGGAGAGGAAUUCAGCAGCACUGAAUUACAACUACUGUUCACCACGAUGGAGAAGAAAUGAGCUAUUUGCUAUUUUUAAGCAGGAAAGCUGCAAGAUCCAAUCCAAGAUCCAAGACCAAGUAUCCAAUCAGCCAAUCACAUGGCAGCAUGAGUCUAGAGCUUCAGUUAAUAUUCCCCUAAACAUCAUGAGCAGGGAAACAUUAUGAUCUAAGUGACAAUUGGAACAGAGAGAAGUAGUGAAAACAGAAUCGGAAGAAAUAGAAGGAAUGAAAGGGUGGGAAAACUGUCACAAGUCAGUUUCUGAAAAAACACAAUACAUUUUUUAAAAUUAUAAUAUGUUAGUAUGUUGGGCAGCACAGUGGCACAGUGGGUAGCACAGUCGCCUCACAGCAAGAAGGGCCUGGGUUCAAUUCCCGGUCGGGUGACCAGGAUCCUGUCUGUGUGGGUUUCUCCCACAGUCCAAAGACAUGCGGUCAGGAUGAUAGGACAGGCUAAAUUGCCCGUAGGUGUAAGUGUGUUUCAUUAUAAUUAUAUAAAAUAUAAACAAAAGUGUAAUGUCUUUACAAAUGUAAACAAAAAUGUUGACUAUAAGGCCACAUAUUAAUAUUAAACAUUGAGCUUUAUAAUCUAAUUUAUAAAGUGUGACUGGAGAAAUGAGUGAGGGGCUCAAUCACACCCACCAGAGUCCACAACCGAAUAGAGGUGCACACUACAAUCAAAUAGAGUUGGGCUCUACACCCGAAUAGAGGUGGACUCUUCAAGUGAGUUCUUUGUUUGGCCUUUCAGAAUCAGCACUUUAACAGUUGCUU